AUGGAACCUAGGCCGGACCAUCAGUUCGACUCUUUCAAGCCUAGUGCAGCCGUUCGUGAUGCCCCCCGUUUGGAUUUAGACAGCAUAGAUUGGAAUGAUCCUGCAUCUUUUGCCAAAAUUAUUCUUGGUGACAGGCCUAUCCCGGAGUUAAAGUCUCCGGCAGACGUGCGGCGAGAAGCCACAGCCAGGUCAGACAAAAUAUUUACUAGCUUCGAGACCUUGCAUGAGAUUCUCAAGCGCCAUGAGGCUACAAUUUGGAAGCGAUGGUCCAAAAAAACGCGGCAGCAGAGGUUAAAGAUCCUGCUGAAUGCCUGGCCCAAUAUGCCUGCAGUCCAUCGUCCCGACUUUGAUGCUUUUCGGAAGGAGUCACGGCGAGACCGUCAUCAGGGGACCAAAUAUCGGGAAAGUUUCAUGUGGCCGUACAUCAACCAAGAGGAUCUCCUGAACACCAAGGCGCUGCCCUUGCUCCUGAACGCCCGAGGCCGCCAUCAUCCUUCACAUUUUGCUGCGGCCGACGUCGAUGCCAUGCAUUUAGGUUUGGUCACGGAGGCAAUUAUGCACAUUUACCUGAACGAGCAUGUGAUGGUUCUGAACGGUGUGACCGAAAAUACUCGGGAGUAUGGUAAACUCGUGGCGUGGACGGAACAUCCAGACGCCUUCGACUGGAUGCACAAGCUAACGCAAUUCCUGCCUGGGGAGGGCCUAUCGAUACUGGAGGCACAGGAACGACUGUCGGAUUUUCUUGUUCAAUGCUGUCUGCAAAUUCUGCAUGACAUUCCGGAGUCCACCCUAACCACCGACUCCUUCUCUGUUCUGCCAGAACCGCAGCUCAAGCGCGAAAAUGAGAUAAGUGGCUUCGAGUCUCUGGGUGUGAUGGCUGCAGAAGCUCCAUAUCGCCUUCCAGCACGGCUCGAUCUUCAUUACGUUGAGUCGCUGCUAAGCGCGAGGGCAUUUGCUGCAGAAGAUCACCUGUGGGCUUUGCGGGAGGAUCCUGACUAUUUCUCUAGGACUCUUCUUGAGGCCAAGGAUCACCGCCAGGAGAUUUUGAAGGACAUCUAUGGUAAUGAGCAUCCAGUAUUCAGCCGUGGUCGGGAAGAAAUUCUCUGGGGGCGCAUCAUUGGCUCUGUCGUAUCGGAAGCGUACCUCGAGCUAGAGGUUUUCUCUGAACUUAAUAGCCAGGCCAAGAAGUUGGUCACAUUGCAACAGAAGUAUGCCGAUGAUAUAUCACCAUCGGAAGAUUUACCCGAGGAGUAUCUAGAGGCCUUACUCCGAUUCCAUCACCAUGUCAAUCAAGCGGCCAAAGGUCCACUGGCUACUCUCAAGACUGCAGCUGUGGCAUCGCCACCCUUGCGAAGGCUCUUUGCUCGCCACCCACCAUCCAGCACCGAUUCAACCAAGAUUUCGACUGUGCUCAAACCCGGCAUCCAGAUGGACAAGGUGGAGAAUCAUUUGAUUUGGUUGCUUCGCACCCUAUGGGAGGACGGUAUGGAUUUGUUUCUUAUUCGCAUGCCUGUGAUUGUGGACGAGCUAGAGCGACUGCUUCAAUCAGAGACACGCGCGGGGGAACUUCUCUCUUCAUAUAUCACCACGGUAGUCGGUGACCUCUCUAUCAUCGCCCAGUGUCUAAACCAGCUGAACCUUUAUCAGCCAUGGGCCCGAAGCUGGGAAUCCGAGUUUGCUGAACGUGAUGACGACCUUAAGCAGGAAUUUGCGAAGCGGGCGGAGCCAUGGGCCCGGAUUAUCGCCGUUCUUAGUGAUAAAAGUACCUUAAAUAAAGUUGCUAGCCUCGGAGAGCCUUCAGGUGGUAAAUUUUCCUAUCCUGUUGCGAAACGCCGUACCAAGGAGAACGUGGAGGCGCUGCGCAAGGCUGAAGGUCAUCUGGAUGCUUUCUGGGCCGGCAUUGAUCAGGUUAUGUUCGCCAAAGCCGGUGAUUUGCCUGGCACAGCUAUUCGGAACUUCCUCUCCCAACCACGCAUCUUGCAGCGCACUCUAGAGUGGGUUGAACCGGAAAAGGCCACACCUCUAGUACCCGCACAGGACAAAGCAGGCGAGGUUGAUCUUUAUGCGUCAUACCAACCAAUAUCUCAGGUCUAUUCUGGCAUUUCGGCAAGAACACUCGACGUCGCACAGCCCAAGACCAAGGCCAAAACCCGCGGAACAGCACGACCGGAACCUGUUACUGAAGCUGAAAUGGUUCUGCAGCCCAAUCCUGCUGAUCGCCAGCGUAUAUUUCCCGUUGAUGCGCGUGCUCUCAAGGUCUUCCGGGUCAUCUUCUUCAACCCUGCUGUGACCUCCUCACCGGGCGAAGUCCCGUGGAAUGAUUUUUUGCAUGCCAUGACUUCAGUUGGCUUUACGGCCAUGAAGCUAUAUGGCUCUGUCUGGCAGUUCCAGCCUAGCCGGAUGGAUAUUGAGAGAAACAUUCAAUUCCACGAGCCCCAUCCACGGGGGAAGUUGCCCUUUACCACUGCCCGACGGUAUGGCCGUAGGCUUAAUAGGGCCUAUGGCUGGAUCGGAGGGAUGUUUGUCUUGGGUGACAAGUGA